GGUUUUAGGGACAGAGAACGGAGUGAAGGCUGAAGACUGAGAGGAGAAACUUUAUCGACAGAGGAUGAUGAGGACGCUGCUGUGUUUGUGUUUGUGUCUGUGCGUGUCCUGGGCUCAGUCAAAUCUGGAUUAUGACGACUAUGGUGUGGACACCAAGCCGUCGUCACCAGCUCAACCAGGGGCUGUAGAUGCUCGUGGUCACCGCCCACUAACGCGGGGCGGAGACACCUACACCCGUAACCGCUAUGCCCCGCCCCCUAUCAGCAGCGGCGGCAGGUAUCGCGGCCGUCCCACCCCAGCUCCGGUCGGAGGACAGCAGUUGCAGGAGAAGGUGAAGCAGCCGGAUGAAGGAGGAUGCACUCACGCCGCAGAGGAGAUGGGUGUUUUGUGUCCAAGUGGCUGCGAGCUGAAGACCAUGCUGGUGAAGCAGGAGAGGAACGUCAGGACGAGCAUUAAUGAACUCAAGCCUCAGGUGAAUGAAUUGACCCGGUCCUCCAACACCAUCUACAACUACGUCAACGGCCUGUCCAACUCUCUGAGGGAGAGGCAGAGACUCAUCAACGACAACAACAGGGUGGUCGUCCAGUACAGCGACCGGGUGGAGGAACAACACGCCUACAUCAAGGAAACGGUGGACACCGUCUUCCCCUCCAGCAUCAGAGUGCUCCAGGGGGUCCUGGACAAGAUCAGGCUGAAGAUCCAGAAGCUGGAGAAGGCCGUCCAGCUCCAGAAUGAGGAGUGCAAGGAACCGUGCAUGACCAAAUGUCCCAUACCCGUGGUGUCUGGUAAGGAGUGUGAGGACAUCUACCGUCGUGGAGGAAAAGACUCCGGGAUGUACCUUAUCCAGCCGGACACCUUCUACCCUCCAUAUAAGGUCUACUGUGAUCAGACCACCCAGAACGGAGGAUGGGUUAUGAUCCAGAACAGGAUGGAUGGCAGUGUCGACUUCGGCCGACGCUGGGACGAAUAUCGCCGCGGUUUCGGCAACAUCGCUUUCGAUGUCGGCAAGGGUCACUGUGAGGCUUCAGGUGAACACUGGAUGGGCAAUGAACAUAUUAGUCAAUUGACCAAGAUGGGCCCCACUGAGGUUCUCAUUGAGAUGCAGGACUGGACAGGAGCCAAAGUCCAUGCCCAGUAUCAACAGUUCACCAUCCAGUCAGAGACGUCCAACUACGUGAUGGCGGUCGACGGUUACUCCGGUAACGCUGGCAACGGUUUCCUGGAGGGAUCCUUAGAACUGUUCGGUGAAAACCGCACGAUGACCAUUCACAACAGCAUGAUGUUCAGCACCUACGACAGAGACAACGACAACUGGAACCCCGGGGAUCACUCUAAGCAGUGUGCCAGGGAGGACGGCGGCGGCUGGUGGUACAACCGGUGCCACUCGGCCAAUCCCAACGGCCGAUACUAUAUGGGCGGAGCCUACACAAGCCACAUGGCCAAGCAUGGCACCGACGACGGCAUCGUGUGGAUGAACUGGAAGGGGAGCUGGUAUUCGCUCAAAGCCAUUAGCAUGAAGAUCCGGCCGUACUUUGCUUCCAGCAAAUAAUGUCGGAGAGCGCACACACAUAACACAUACAGGAAACCGCCACAAUAAAAAACACCAACGUGAUGUGUCCCAACUGAGUAUGGGGUGUCAAACAGCACCUCUAGAAAAGCUUCAAAGCUCUUUGUAGCGUUCGACUAAUAUUCAAGUGUGUCCUUUAUGUUUAGCUGUAACCUUUAUGUUGAUGGACACGCACAUUUACACGCAACUGACACGGAGUCUGGGCGCCUGCUGCUUAAGUGAAAAAGAACUGAAGAAGAUGAAAUUUGUUUUAACCAAAUGAUGCAGCAUGGAGUUUAAAAAAAAAAGAGAAAUAGUUUAAAGUCAGAUAAACUUGUCACGUCUACAGAUGAAGAGAAGCUGGUUGUGAGUGAAUGUGUUGUGACCUCUCUUGUAAUGUGUGUCGUCUUCAGUGUGACCAACCAGGACGAGCUGACCUCAGCUGUCCUCCGCUACUCAAUAAAACACAUUGAGGAACAUA